AUGCCACUCAAUGUGCCGAUUACCAUUCAUGGGGACAAGAAGCUGGGACGAUUUAAACCGAUAUACAGAUUCUUCGGGUGUGACGAGCCCAAUUAUGUCUACAUGAAAGACGGCGAAAAGUUGAUCCGGAAAUUGGGAAAACUUGGAAAUGACCAAGUCUAUUUCCGGGUACACAACCAGUUCACCACUGGCAAGGGGGUCCAUGCCUUGAAAUGGGGAAGCACGAACGUUUACACCGAAGAUGAACAUGGAAACCCCAUCUACGACUGGACUAUCAUCGACAAGAUCUACGAUACCUGGCUGUCUCGAAAUAUCAAGCCUUACGUCCAGUUUGGUUUCAUGCCUGAGGCUAUGUCCACCAAUCCCCAGCCGUAUCAGCACUCAUGGACACCGACGGCUUCGUACAAAGAAGUCUUCACUGGCUGGACAUAUCCUCCCAAAGAUUACGAGAAAUGGGGAGAGCUUGUGUAUCAGUGGACGAAGCAUGUGGUUGACAAGUAUGGCAAAGCCGAAGCAGAGAGUUGGUACUGGGAGACCUGGAACGAGCCCAAUAUCGGCUACUGGCAAGGAACCCAUGAAGAGUUCUGCAAGCUCUACGACUACACGGUCGAAAAUGUGAGGAAGGCAUUGCCCACGGCAAUCGUGGGUGGUCCUGAGACAGCCGAUGGCGGACCGGACUAUCUUCGCAAAUUCUUUGAGCACUGCCUGCGAGGCCAGAACUAUGUCACUGGGAAGACAGGCUCUCCCCUCGAUUUCACUUCGUUUCAUGCGAAAGGGAAGCCCGAGUUCAUUGAACAGUCUCAGCAUGUUCGCAUGAAUGUCGGUCGCCAGCUCCGUAUUAUCGACGAGUCUUUCGGCGUCAUUGCAGAGUUUCCAGAACUCAAAGACAAGCCUAUCGUUAUUGGCGAAUCCGACCCUGAAGGUGCCGCAGCCGCUCAGGGUCCGCAGCUCGGAUACAGAAAUGGGACCAUGUAUUCAUCAUACACCGCAGCUAGUUUUAUUCGAAAACAAGACCUUGCAGCCAAGAAAGGCGUGAAUCUCGAGGGGGCUCUGACCUGGGCUUUCGAGUUUGAGAAUCAACCAUAUUUUGCUGGAUUUCGAGUUCUCGCAACCAACGAUAUCGAUCUGCCUGUUCUCAAUGUGUUCAGGAUGUUUGCAAAGAUGGGCGGGUCACGUCUUGAGACAAAAAGCGAUGCACAAAUCUCGUUGGAAAGCAUUCUCGAAAACAGUGUGCGAGAAAGAUCCGAUAUCGGGGCUGCAGCAACCUUGGAUGAGGGCAAGCUCAGCGUCUUCGUCUGGCACUAUCAUGAUGACGAUCUACCAGGUGAGGCGGCAAAAGUUGACAUCUCUCUGCAGGGGCUGGAAUGGAAUCCAACCCACGGCGGCAAAAUGAGACACUAUCGAAUUGACGAGCACCACAGUAAUGCAUACACAAAGUGGAAAUCGUUGGGUUCUCCACAACAACCGUCUGAGGAAGAAUACAAGCAACUGUCCGAGGCUGCCAAAUUGGCGACACUGGAGGAAGAAGAAACUGAAAUUGGCACGAGAGGCUCCGGUACAACAUUGUCAUUCUCACUGCCUCGGCAAGGAGUGUCUUUGAUUAUACUAGAAGGAGUGUCCGGGGGAUGA